AUGGCUAGGAAAAAUUUUAAAAUAAUUUUGCGAUACUGCUGUAUAGUUCUAACUUUGUACACAUUAAUUUAUUUUAUAUACCCUACUGAAACGCCGGUUAUGCUUUUAAAGCAUAUUAUUAAAGGCGUUAAUAAACGCGUUAAGGAUUCUCGAAAUGAAACGAUAAAGACAUCUACAGUUAUGACAGCAAAACCGUUAAGAGUUAUAAGGAUACUCUAUUGGACUGGUUUGUUUUUUAAUAGUUGGCCAGAACCUCUUGGUUAUCAUUCUUGCGGAUUAUCGUCGGUGCAGUGCCAUUUUACUAGUGAUAGAAAUUAUUAUUCUAGUGCUGAUGCUGUAUUAUUCCAUGGAAACGAUAUAAACAUUUUACAAGAUACGGAUAGCUUACCCAAUAAUACUGUAAAGCCUCCGUUUCAGCGAUGGAUUUAUUAUACUUUGGAGAGUCCUCUGAGUUUGAAACUAGAUCAAAAACCGUUACUAAAAGAAUUUUUCAAUAAUACAUUCGAUUGGAUCAUGAAUUACAUGAAAGAAGUAGAUCUUCCUUCGCCUUAUGGCUAUGUUACUCGUGGCCGGUAUCACAAUGGAUUUUCACCCAACAUUAGAUAUGCUGCAAAUAGACCCAGAAUGAUUGCCAUUAUAGCCA